AUACGGGAAUCAAGAUGGCGGACCACUGGUGUUGUCACAGGCGCACAAUAUUGUCCACCCUUCUAGUAUCCCUCACCCUUUUUGGAAGUUUGCUGGUACAAUGGCCUUCACUGAUGAACCCGUUCCUAACAAGGGAACUGAAUGAGUUUAUGGUUUAUAAUAGCACUGACACAAAUAGUAGCACAAACACAACUAUUCUAGUGUGGCACUGGGCUUUUGGUUUUAAACAGGACACCCGUGGAAACGUGUGCCAGGAUAGGUUUGGCAUACCCAACUGUUUCUUGUCAGAUGAUCGCUCAUUGUUCCCUCAGGCAGAUUUUGUCAUAUUCCACAAUCGCGAGCUGAUCAAUGGACAACAAAAGUUGCCUUUGCAUUUGCCCCGCCCAGAAGAGCAAGGGUGGGUGUGGUUCUCCUGGGAAAGCCCCACAAACAACGGGAACAUCAAAUUCUUGGAUGGUAAAAUGAACUACACCAUGUCUUAUCGACGUGAUGCAGACUUUUUUGUACCGUACGGCUGGUUAGAGCCCCACAAUGUUGGAAGUGGAAUGACAGUUGACGAUUUUAUACCAAAGAACAAGUCUUCUUUGGCUUGCUGGGUUGUUAGCAACUACGCAGGGCAUCUUAAGCGAACACAGGUGUACAAUAAACUAAAAAAAGUCAUACCGGUGGAGGUUUAUGGUGGAGCAACGGGUCGCCGUCUGAAUGGUGAGCAACUGUUGCCCACCAUCUCUCGCUGCUACUUCUACCUAUCCUUUGAAAACUCUCAAUUCCAAGACUACGUCACGGAGAAGUUAUGGAGCAAUGCCCUCAAUGGCGGAGCUGUGCCUGUAGUUUUAGGCCCAUCCCGCAAAAACUACGAGGCCAUGAUACCUAAAGAUUCCUUCAUUCAUGUGGACGACUUCAGUUCCGUAGAGGAGCUUGGAGCAUUCCUCAAGAAGCUGGCUGGGGAUAGGGAACGCUAUGCCUCAUAUUUUAAAUGGAAACUGAAUUACACGGUGUCACGAUAUGGUAGCUGGGUGAUGGACCCGCUUUGUAGUAUCUGCACAAAACGUACCACCUUGCAAAAACCAAAGGUUUACCGGAACUUAUAUAAUUGGGAAAGGAAAUAAAAAUGCAAACAAAAAUUCUAUGUAAUACACACUAUGCAUAUCAUAAUAAUAAAAUAAUAAUGUUAAUGGUGCACUGUGUAAUUUUUUAGUAGUUUAUUUCCAGGUUUCAUGCUGCCCAUACACAAAUGUUACCUUAUCCACGAAUACUUAGUACCACCAUCAAAUUCUAUGUAUUCAUUAUGACUGGGAAAAUUGCAUUUUUCAUACACGAAAAGGGGGAUCUUCUCAUGGUCCGCCAUUUUGAAUUUCCAGAAAUAGACAUUUUUAGCUGCAACACUUAGCCUGCUGUACUUUGGUCAUACUAGUAGGCCUAAAUAUUAGUUUAUCAUUUAGUAAAUAUUCAUGAAAAGAUCAAAUUUGGUAAAAUGCAGCAGUGUUUCAGUGAGCAACAUAGUUGCAAUACCUUCUCUGGCCACUAUCCUACACAGUGCACCUUUAAAUAAUCAUAGUACAUUAUAAUAUUAACCAAGGUGCAAUACAGUAUAUUGGGUUUAUUUUUAUGUGUUUGGACAUAUAGUGAAUAUAGGCCUAAAGCCUUAAAAAGUACUUUUUGAGACGGGGUGGAAUUUGUUACUGUAUAAAUAUGCAUUGUGCAACAUAUGUUGUCUUUUAACUGUUAACACUGUGUUUGCACUAUUUUCAACUUAAUUUAAGACUUUGA